AUGACGAUUCCAAACUCUGUGACAGAAAUUGGGGACUCGGCUUUUCGCGAAUGCAGUUCGUUGGAGAGCUUGACGAUUCCAAACUCAGUGACUUCCAUUGGGAGCUUGGCUUUUGAGGAUUGCAGUUCCUUGAAAAGCUUAACGAUUCCAGACUCUGUGAAUUUCAUUGGGAAUCUGGCUUUUGAGGGUUGCAGUUCCUUGAAGAGCUUGAUACUGCCAAACUCUGCGAUUUCCAUUGGGGAUUCGGUUUGUUUGGGUUGCAGUUCGUUGGAGUGCUUGACCAUUCCAAACUCUGUGACUUCAAUCGGUAAGUUAGCUUUUGGGGCUUGCAGUUCCUUGAAGAGCGUGACGCUCCCAAACUCUGUUAUUUCCAUUGGGAUUUUGGCUUUUUGGGAAUGCAGUAUGUUUGAGACCUUGACCAUUCCAAACUCUGUGACUUUCAUUGGAAGCUCGGCCUUUCGAGGAUGCCGUUCGUUGAAGACUGUGACGAUUCCAAACUCUGUGACAGAAAUUGAGGACUCAGCGUUUCGGGAAUGCAGUUCGUUGGAGAGUGUUACGAUUCCAAACUCUGUGACUUCCAUUGGGAACCUGGCUUUUUCGGAAUGCAGUUCCUUGAAGAGCUUAACGAUUCCAGACUCUGUGACUUCAAUUGGGGAUUCUGCUUUCAAGGGUUGCAGUUCGCUGGAGAGUGUUACGAUUCCAAGCUCCGUAACUUCCAUUGAGAACUCAGCUUUUGAGGGUUGCGGUUCCUUGAAGAGCGUGACGAUUCCCAACUCUGUGACUUCCAUUGGGAACUCGGCUUUUGAGGGUUGCAUUUCGUUGGAAAGCUUGACCAUUCCGAACUCUGUGGCUCGCAUUGGAAACUUUUCUUUUGCUUAUUGUAGUUCGCUGGUCAGCUUGACUAUUCCAGAUUCGGUGACUUCAAUUGGUGAUGCUUCUUUCAGCCACUGUUCUUCGUUAGUGAGCUUGACGCUCUCAAACUCUGUCACGUGCAUUCCUUUCUGGGCUUUCUUUGGUUGCAGUUCGUUGAAGACAUUGGAGGUUCCAGAUUCCGUGACUUCCAUUGGUAGCUGUGCUUUUGAUGGUUGUCCGUUGGAGUCCGUGAGCCUUCCAAAGGCUGUGACUGUCGGGCCUCGCGCUUUUGAGGGUUCCAAAACGGCAAUUCGUGCCCGGUGGUGCAACCAGCGAGGGCCACAUGCGGUGGUGAGGCGAGAUGGGGAGGUGCUGCUGCGCGGUUGGCGGCGAAACGACAGCAGCACCCAGUGGAGUUCGGAUUGGGCUUUGCAUUGGGUCAUCCCAGAUGAAGGUUCUGUAGCAGGAGCCAUGGCGGGAGGUUAUUGCUGCAUCGAUUUUGAUGCCCUGCAGCUGAAGGAGAAGGAGAAGGGAAUCCGAUACAAAAGCUUUUCAGAGCAAGUGGUGAGACACGUUGAAGAAGCCGCCGUGAAGAAGAAGAUGGCUGAAGAGCAGGAAAGGAGUCGACUGUACUGGGAGAAGGAGGAACAACGUGCGAAGGUGAGAUAUACCAUGAACCUGCCCAAGUGUGAAGGUGGCCUCUACUGGCAGCCCAACAUUCACUACAUCCCAGCGUCGAUCAAAUUUGGUGAUCAAGGUGAGGUCAUCGUGACAGGUGGACCACCGCCCGAUGCCAAGGUGAACAAGGUCCAAUGA